UGGAUGAGCGAACCUCAAGGGCUUUACAUUGAGACAUCAGUUUUCCUCGUUGACAAGUUCGCUUCUUUCGUCUCGUCGUUGCUUUGCAUUUCCAUCACAUUCGUGUUCUUUGCUCAAAAGAAAGGAUACGUUAUGCAAUUGGAAUGUGAACCUUUCCGCCUCCGCCUCCGCCGCCUCAGAUGUUUUCUUCUUGUACUUUAGUGGGGGCCUCUACUGUAGGGCGUUGCUCUUUUGCGGGACUUGCUUUUCUUCUUGUCGGGUCCUUCAAGUGAACAACAAGACGCUCAUCAUUCAUAGGUAGAAGGGGCUGUCCGUGUCUUGACGAUACCUGCAGACGAGGCAGCUGCUCGAUUCUCUGGUCCCAAGUACGCUUUCAGUGAGGGAGGAGUGGCCCUGGUAACCACCUAUGUGGAUAUGUAUCCAUUCUUAAUAAACAUAUGUAUGCGAUCACAGUGUCAGUGUGAUCACACAUUUUACCUUGACUUGUUCCAGGCCCGUCUCCAGCAGCCAGUCAAGAUUUGCAGCAUCGUCUGCAUGGUGCAUCACAGAUAGGGAGGCGGAAAGCAUCACACAGGCCUCCACCGAUUUCUACAGCGCCCACAGAUGGGAGUGCCUUUGUGCCAGCCCAUGUCCUCGUAGCACGCUUUGCUGUCGUCGUCUGAGGAGCACACCACCUGCAUAUACAAAUAUAGACACGACGCACACCGAGUGCACAUUAGACUAUGCAUGAAGGUAUAGGUGCGCGGCCGAGUGGUACCUUUGCUGAUUUGGGUAGGGUCGCGGCCAAGGCGGAAUUCACGAUGUCGUGUACCUGAUGCACAUAGACCAUGCAUUGAUAUACACUCAUCUACUGACUGCGCAAUGAUACUGAGUGGGCACCCUGCACCAUAAGUUACCCAAGGACUCGUUGAGCAGCUGUCGUGUUUCCCUGGUUCAAUCCUUCCAGAUGGAGGGAUGCCACGUAGGCCGUCUGGAAACCGAAAUUCACUCCUGUGCCUGCGGUAUGGCGAAAGAUGAUGAACAGCGUCUGUGCAUACAUGCAUAUGUAUGCGGGUCGCUUGUGCGCACCGGAGAAGAAAUGGACGUUGAUGAGGCUGUCUCCAAUCAAGUACACCUCGGUAGCGCCAGCUUCUCCUUUCAAUUGAAGUAAAGCCGCACCGCUGCAGGCAUAGAUACGUAUCUAGCUGGAGUGGCUGCCUUUCUUUGCGCAUGUAUGUGCAUCUGUGGAAUUCACGUACCCGGGGAUUGUCUUCACAUCGAUAGGGAACCCAGAUACGUCAAUUCUCUUCACUACAGCCAUGUACACGCCAUCGAUGCAAUGGAAUGAAUUGAGCCGCAUUUCUUUCUCAGUCUGUUCUCUAUUCACUCACUUACUCAGAUCCUGCGACAGAUCAUAGGAUGAGGGGGCUUUGAGCGUGACGACCGAUGGCUUGAUGCCAUAUCGCGGGUCUGCAUGCAGCUCAAUUGCGGAGGAGAGUAGUAGCCAAUUGCCUCCAGGAUCCUCUCUCGCAGCAAAUUCAGAUGGUCAUGCGUAAUCUUGGAACCAGGCCGAGGAACGCGAAACGCGCUGUCUGCGUUCGGUGAAAAGACGUCGUACAGGCUCAGACCCACCUUGGCCCCAUUGUGGGUGCUGCAUCGAGAAGACGCAUGCAUUUAGACUGACAAACUAAUCCACAUGGAUGCAUGCUUUCAUGUUUUGCACUUCGUCUACCUUUUCAGAUUCUUUAGUGCGGUGACUGUAUCAAGGUACGUUGGGGGCAGCUGUAAGGCCACAUAGUGAGUCCCUUCCCUGGUGCGAAAUCACUCACGUAUAGAUUCGAGUGAUGCAGGAAAGGGAGGGAACUGCCUUAUUACCUGGUUCGGAAGCCGCGCGUCCUGUGCUGCGGCAAGUGGCCCUUUGAAAAUCGGUUUAGAUCGAUCGCAUCCGCCUUUUGCAGCACAGAGGUCAGCAGGUUCUGCAAAUUGCGCACAUAGCGUACACAUUGCAUGAAUCAGAUAAGGCCCUCGCCCCGUCUGCGCACCUGGCGUGAACUGUCCCAGAAAUGCAAGCUUCGAUCGUCCAGGGGGCUCAGGGAGCCGCUCAGGUUGCCAGCAGCGUCGCCUUGGUAUAACUGAUACAACCCAUUCCGCAUCAUCCAUUCGAAACCAAGCUCGUUGUCGCCGGCAUCGGUCAGCCACCCAAAUGGCACAUCCUGUCGGCCCAUUUUCUCUGCCACCUACGUGCCAUAAGUACAUAAGUGCAUGUCAGCAGUGAGGCAAUGAGGCCUUGGGCCUUAACCUGCAGAGCUUCGCUCUCGGUAAUGUCGAACAUCAAAAGUACUCCGGCAGAAGAAUACUGCAAGGCCUGGUGGAGCUCUGAGUGUAAGAGUGGAGACGAGGUCGAAGGGGGCGGCACUUGACCUACGAGGUAAGGGAGUAAGUAACACGUAAUUGUAGGAGCACUCAAGCGUAUGCCUAUGUCCACGUGCCUAUGUACCUGCCGCCUGUCGCAUCAAAUACGACAUCGUACCGCCGCAUGAUGCCGUCAUAGACGCAAUGGCUGAGGUUAUCGGGGUGCGACUGAAUAAUCUUGCAUAGCUUGAGAAGGCUUCUUAUGCCGGCCAUGAACGUGAUGUCAGAAGAGGCUCCGGCAGCGUUGGGCUGAGGUGUGUACUUCGCUGACUCAGGCAUAUUGAAGAUUAUCAUGCCUGAAGCGUACAUGCACAGUCGGAUGACUCUCAUCGCUCUCGUGUCGUGUCGUGUCGUAUAGCGAAUGCAAGAUUACAAACCUUUACGUAGAAGGGCUUGCAGCAGUAGCGUUUGCAAAGUACCGAUCUUGAUCGACACACCUAGAACACAGAUACGUUGAGACAAGUGCACGCGAAGCUCUCUAUCUCUCCUUCGUCUAAACCGACUUAGGUGUUUGUAUUUGUCAUCUCCUUGAACAUCAGCAGUACAUUGGGUGGACCAGUCAAAGGGGGGCAAAGGGUCUUUCAUCCGGCACCCAUACUGAGUCAGGACAGCAUCGUAGCAUAUAGGUUUUGUAUACUUGUCGUGCAUCAACGUGCUUAUAUACCCAAAGAACAUCAAGGUAGAGCUGACGAUCGAGAUUCUGGAAGAGCUGCAUCGUGCCGGAGACGAAGCCAAACUACAAAUACAAUGAAAAUGUAUGGAUAUCGUUCUUAUCUUAUCUUUCUUCUGCACGUCACACACGCGCAUGUUUGAACGUUCAUAAGUACAUCAUCCGUACCGGCUCAUUUGCUUUUUCUUUGCCCUCUGGAGUGAGCAACAAGACCUGUUGUCUGGCCACCGCGUCUUGAAGAGACCUCUUCUCGAUGAUUGUGAUGAGGACGGGACCUUCUUGCGUGUAUGCCAGCUGGAGGGCCUGGAGAAGACCGACUGGGCCCGCACCUGAAAAAAAGACGUGCAUCCGUUAAUACAUACACAUGGUCCGAUAGAUGAAAGGCUCGUGCAACGAACCAAUACCAAAGAUGAGAAAGCGCUUGACGCCUCGGCGGCCUUGCUCGCGGAAGUACUCGGCGACGAAUUCAUGUGCGUCAAUCGGUUGCGGCUUUUUGACAUACGCAAGGUCUGACACGGAUGGAACCCCUGCAAGCAUCUGGACCCCAUUAGUCUGAGCGUAAGAGUGAUUAUGUGGGUGAUCCGCUGCAACUCCAACCGCCUGUAGGGUGACCAGGCAUUGCAAGCAAGUGAGCAUUUUGAAGAAAGAUACCGACAUCUCUGCAAAUGAGGCCGUGAGGGGCUGCCCUGUGUUCGCGUUGCCCCCAGUACGCUCUUCUGCCUUCCGA